CAGUGCCACCUGUCAGUGCCCAUCAAUGCCAGCUGUCAGUGCUCCUAUCAGUGCCAGUCAGUGUCACCUAUCAAUUCCAGUCAGUGCCACAUAUCAGUGCCGGUCAGUGCUGCCUAUCAGUGCCAAUCAGUGCCAACUAUCAGUGUGCAUCAGUGCCGCCUAUCAGUGCCAGUCAAUACCGCCUAUCAGUGCCACCUAUCAAUACCACCUAACAGUGCAAAUCAGUGCCGCCUAUCAGUGCCAGUCAGUACCGCCUAUCAGUGCCACCUAUCAGUGCCGCCUAUCAGUGCCAUAUAUGAGUGCUGCCUUUCAGUGCCCAUCAGUGAUGCCUGUCAAUGCCCAUCAGUGCCACAUACCAGUGCCUCCUCAUCAGUGCCCAUCAGUGCCACCUAUCAGUGCCCAUCACUGCAGCCUCAUU